AAAAAAACCCACACAAUCCAGCUCUGUCAGUGGCGCUUUCUGCUUCCACGGGGGGAAGUGCAGGGGAAUAAUUAACAUACACAUAGAGAUUUUGUAUUAAAUUUGGAGGGAUUUUGGUGCUGCCGAUCGCAACCAGCCAUCUUGUUCUCUGUAGGUUGCUUGCAGCCCAGAUCCCGAGGAAACCACCAGAUAAAUGCCCACAACACCAAUUUCUGACUUAAGAUUUCCUUAAGAGCUGCAGGAUGGAUGGAUUUUAUGACCAGCAAGUGCCUUACAUGGUCCCCAAUAAUCAGAGUGGGAGAACCUGCAAUGAAAGAACAACAAGCCUCAGGAAAAGAAAGUUUUUAAAUAGAGACCUGGCUCAUGAUUCAGAAGAACUGUUCCAAGAUCUGAGCCAGCUGCAAGAAACAUGGCUUGCUGAAGCUCAGGUGCCUGACAAUGAUGAGCAGUUUGUUCCAGAUUAUCAGGCUGAAAACUUGGCUUUCCAUGGUGUACCAUUAAAAAUCAAGAAAGAACCCCACAGUCCCUGCUCUGAACAAAACCCUGCUUGCAGCCAAGAACAGCCAUUCAAGUUCAGCUAUGGGGAGAAGUGCCUGUACAAUGUCAGUGCCUAUGAUCAGAAACCACAAGUUGGAAUGAGGCCCUCAAACCCACCAACGCCCUCAAGCACUCCUGUGUCCCCUCUGCAUCAUGCGUCGCCCACUGCAGCUCAGACCCCAAAACCAGACAGAAUUUUCCCGACUCCUCUUCCUCCAUCACAGCCCAUCCCCGACAACAGCUAUUCCAUGGACCAUAGAUUUCGCCGGCAACUUUCUGAGCCAUGCAAUUCUUUCCCACCCCUGCCUGCCAUGCCAAGGGAAGGACGUCCGUUGUACCAGAGACAGAUGUCCGAGCCAAGCAUUCAGUUUCCUCCGCAAGGAUUUAAACAAGAAUAUCACGAUCCAGUGUAUGAACACAACCCCAUGGUUGGAAAUACACCCAACCAAACCUACCCGCCGCCUAUCAUGAUAAAGCAAGAACCUAGAGAUUUCGCUUAUGACUCAGAAGUGCCUAGCUGCCAUUCCAUUUACAUGAGGCAAGAAGCUUACCUUCCUCAUCCCAAUGGAGUAGAAGGUUGCAUGUUUGAGAAGGGGCCGCGUCAGUUCUUUGACGACACGUGUGUUGUUCCUGAGAAGUUUGAUGGUGACAUUAAGCAGGAGCCAGGCUUGUACCGCGAGGGGCCUACAUAUCAGAGGAGAGGUUCACUUCAGUUGUGGCAGUUCUUGGUGGCACUCCUUGAUGACCCAGCGAACUCUCACUUCAUUGCAUGGACAGGCAGGGGAAUGGAGUUUAAACUCAUUGAGCCAGAGGAGGUGGCACGUCGCUGGGGCAUUCAGAAAAACAGACCUGCCAUGAACUAUGAUAAACUUAGCCGUUCGCUGCGAUAUUAUUAUGAGAAGGGAAUAAUGCAGAAGGUUGCUGGAGAGAGAUACGUGUACAAAUUUGUCUGCGACCCAGAAGCUCUUUUCUCAAUGGCCUUUCCAGAUAAUCAACGACCAUUACUGAAGACAGAUAUGGAACGGCACAUCAAUGAAGAGGACACUGUGCCACUGUCCCACUUCGAUGAAAACAUGCCCUACAUGCAGGAUGGCGGUUAUUGCAACUCUCACCCAUACAAUGAAGGAUAUGUGUAUUAAGAGACAGAAAAUGAUCAAGGUCAUUUCACUUUCCUUCUCUGCAAGACCCAAGAAAAGCAAAAUAUAAAUUUUUAUAUAUAGUAGUUCAUAAAUGGGCUUUUCCUGUUGCAUAUCUCCUAUGGUCUGCCAUGGACAGAGCACUUUAUUUGUGGGAAGGGGAUGAAUAUGUAAACAUUGUAUGUAACAGGUUGAGAAAGACGGCUAUACUAUUCAUUUAUGCUUGGGGAGGGUACUUAAAAAAAAAUUAAGAUACUUCGUUACUAAGUCAUGUCUGUCUUUUUAUAAGAGCUUAUACUAUGUUGUACAUCAUUUUUUUCUGGAUCUACAGGGUACAGUUAAUUUUUAUUGUGUAAAUAGCUGCUUAAAAAUAAGCAAUAUGUUUCCUUCACAAUCUUUUUUUUUUUUUUUUUUUUUUUUUUUUUUAUGCGAUACAAUAUAUAAGAAUUCCAUCGUUGUCUUUGUACAUCUAGAUUUGAAUGCUUUAUGCUUCUAUUUAUUUAUUUCUGGACUAUUUUAAAUGUCAAAGAUUACCCCCCGACAUUGAAAGCUUUAUAUUUCUGAAAUAAAUGGAGAACACGCUUUCUCUAUAGAGGAAGAUGAUGCACAUCGGCCUAGAUUUCCUAGGAUUAAACAGUCUCUUUAGAGAGAAAGCUGUCCAAUUCUUAUGUUAUGCUUUGAACCCUUUAAUGCACUAAGAUGUCUCCAACCAAAAAAAGGCUUCAUGGAAUAACAUGAAUUAUAGGAGUUUAAUUCACCGGAGAGACUUCACAACUUAGUACAUCUAGGCCGUUAUAUCUGGUGUCAUCUUUCUACCUAAAAAAAAAAAAAAAAAAAAUCAUGAGCUGUGUAUGUUCUUCAAGGUAUCUUUGGCACAAUGAAAGCAUGCAUUGAAAAUCUUCUGAAAAUGUAUUAAAGUAUUUCCAUUGAUUUUACAUAGUACAUAAAUAAGUUAUUUAAUCAAUAGAAAUUAACUGUACUCACUCACAUGUUACUAAGCUGUUGUAGAUACAGCAAGCACUCCAUGGAAAGAAUAUCCAAUACACUAAAUAGGUACUUCAGUAAUUUUUAGACAUGGUACCAUUAAUAUGCAUUUAUGCCUUUUACUGCUGUGUUAUGUUGAUAACAUAUAUAAAUACUAGAUAAUGCUUCUGCUGCUGUCUUUUCUGUAUUAUUCUCUUUGAUGCUAAAUUUACUACAGUCCUAAUACGCAUAGCUGUGUAACUACAGGUAGCAUUUCAGGACAAAAUAGAUGACUUGAAUCAUUUAUUGCUUAGAAUUUAGCUUAACUGCUCUGCAAUCAGCUUCAGCAAUCAACUUGCACCCACAAAUGACUAGUAAGCUUCAGCUUUCUAAGGGAAGCCCAGGGGGGGUCUUUUGUAACUUGUGGUGGAUUGGGGACCCGCUUAUGCACAAACUGUCAGAGAAUACAAUGAAGAUGCUGUAUUAGCUGGUAGUGCUGGCACUGAUGUUAUCGACCAACUAUUUUUAUUAUUUUUGACUCGACAUGUAAAUGGGAGCAAAUAUGCCUGCAAGAAUAUUCCAUGACUGUAUUUCUUGAAAUUCCAUUUGUUUUUUUUUUGUUUUUUUUGUUUUGUUUUUAAGUAAGAGACAUGUACAGAAAGAGUAUGUAUUGAAAAUUUAUGGGAACCAUUUUUCUUUAAUCCUUUUUAUUUUUUUGUUGAGACAUGUUAACAGAUGACUUAAAGAAACUUUGAUUUAUAAUCCUUUUAAGGUUGCAUUCUUUAAUAGAUACCAUAGAAAAAAAAGACAACAGUGUAUAGAAAGACUGAUUAAAAAGAAUAUAUAUAUACAUUGACCCGCUGUACUGGGGCUUAGAGCCAGCAUGUUAAGUAUGGUGCAGGUUUGGUACAAAAUUUACUGUAAACUUCUUCAAUUAAAAAAAAUAUUGUUUACACUG